UUUGCUAUAUUUCGCACAUUAGCAAUAUGAUGCUAGUAGCGCCACCAGGGUGAAGCGGUUGCUAGCGGAACUAAAUGUGUUUCCAUGUUUACAGAAGGCUGGUUGAGUUCUGGCUGACACGCGACGUCACUUGCGUUGAGCAUGUGCUUCCCGCUGUGCGAACGGUUUGUUUACGUUUUAACUCGUGCUCUCCGGUGUGCGGUGUGCUCGGAUGUCCUUUCUGCUGGCUAAAAUCCGUAAUUAAAGUGGUUAUCUGCCGUUUUUGGUUGGGAAAGGGCACGCAAUUUACGCAGCUUCCUCGACAGCAGGAUGGUGUUGUGUGUGUCCUGCAGCUAAAAUCUUUCUUUUCUUAGUGAAUUGUAUGAUAAAUUGUAUGUAAAGCAGAUUAGUUUGCUUCCAUUCAUUACUGUUACCGUGUGUACGAGCAGUUGCUCAGCAGUGGUGCUCAAUUCCGACGAAUCAGGGCACAGUGUUUUGUGUGCAAAGUGGCGGCCACUUGUGUCCGAGCUUGCGUACAGUGACCCCGGAUUUGAACUUGCAGCGCACACGUGGUCUCUAGCGUGUUUUCCGAGCACCAGGAACCGUAUUGUCCGCAGCGUGUGAUUGAUAUACAUUUUUUCCCACCCGGUUUACUUCACAUCCCAGCACCGCAAAUCCCGACCCAAUCGAACCGCCCGGGACCUAGGACGUCGAGAGGACCGCCCGGAAGAAUUAGUCGUCUCACAUCCGCAGCGGACGUAGACAGCUCAAAAAUAGAAAAAGAAAUUUACACCCGACAGGAACGAUGGUAACGAGUAACGACAAUAACGUAGUUACACCGGCUGAACCAGCCACCAGCCAGGUGGAGCAAUCAACUACCGCCGCGAUGGACACAACCGAACCGACCACCAGUCUUACCGGAGGGGCGGUUCAACCGAGCCGUAAGUUGGGUGGGUUUGAAUUUUACGAAAAAAUUCUCCACUCACCGAGGUACGUGGUGGCACCGAUGGUGGACGCGAGUGAGCUGGCCUGGCGUCUGCUUAGCCGACGGCACGGUGCCCAGCUCUGCUACUCGCCCAUGUUCCACAGUAGCUGCUUCACGAAGGAUCCCAAGUAUCGGAAAGAUUCGCUGCAAACCUGUCCGGAAGACCGGCCACUGAUUAUUCAGUUCUGCGGUAACGAUCCGAAGGUGAUGCUGGAAGCGGCCCUGCUCGCACAGGAUCACUGUGACGCGAUCGAUAUAAACCUUGGCUGUCCGCAGGCAAUCGCGAAGCGGGGUCACUACGGUGCCUUUCUGCAGGACGAGUGGGAGCUGCUGCGCGAGAUAGUAAGCACCCUGCACCGUAAUCUGGCCAUCCCGGUCACGUGCAAGAUACGCAUCUUCGAGGAUAUGGAGAAAACGAUUCGAUACGCCCGAAUGCUGCAGGACGCCGGUGCCCAGAUACUGACCGUGCACGGACGGACGCGCGAACAGAAGGGUCCACUGACGGGGCUGGCCGACUGGAAGUACGUGAGCGUGCUGCGGCAGCAGUUAAACAUACCGAUCUUCUCGAACGGUAACAUUAUGUCGGUGCACGACGUUGAACGGUGCAUCGAGGCGACGGGCGUGAACGGGGUGAUGACAGCCGAGGGCAACCUGCACAAUCCGGCCCUGUUCGAAGGGGUGAAUCCGACGUCGUGGACUAUGGCGCACGAGUAUCUCGACCUGGUGGAACAGUAUCCGGCACCGAUUUCGUACAUCAGGGGGCAUCUUUUUAAGAUAUUUCAUCAUCUAAUGCAUCUGAAGUCAAAUGCCGCCUUACGGGAGAAGCUUGCCGGCAGUCACUCCGUGGCCGAAUUCCGCACCGUCGUAAUCCAUCUCGAGCAAAAGUACCUACCCUUCCACGAAGGCACGCAACUGUGGACGGGAGAGGACGAACACGACGACAACGGCGAUGACCCCAAAGAAGAAACCAUCAGACAGGAUCAAAACCUGCACCUUCCACCAUGGCUCUGCCAACCGUACAUGCGUGCUCCGCCGGAAGUGCAUCGGCAGAAGCUCGAAGAAGCACACCGCCUGGCGAAUGAUCCAACCCGUGAAAAGCGACAGUUCUUCGACGUGCACGGUAAUGAAAUUUCACGCAAACGCAUGAAAAAGAUGCGCCGGGUGCAGCGUCGUCCGAAGAACAAGAACCGUGCGCUGAAGCGUGCCCCAAACGGUGGCGCACCACCGAACAGCACGCAGGAGAACGAGAGUGAGGAUGGGGGUGAGGAAAACGACGAAGCAGGAGAGCAGCAGCUGGAGGAGGAGGAGACCACGUCGAACGGGAAUCAAAUCAUUGUCCGGAUGAACAUUUCAAUCGCCGACACAAACGGACGGCGGAGACGGUUCGAUGAGCUGUGCAAGAAUGAGUCACCGAACUGUACGAACCCGAUGGGUAUGAAAUGUGAACAUCGCCUGUGUCGGACGUGCUGUAAGGGCAAAUGCUAUCGGGAGAAUCGGGACUGCACAGGCCAUAAGAUUCGCAUCAAAUCGAGACGCGAAAAAGCGAUCGCCCUGACACGGGCUGAACAGGAAGCGAAACGGGCGAUCGAUCGCGCGGAACCGCAAUCUGUGAACGAUGAAACGGCACCGGACAAUCAAGUUACCAUCGACGAACGAAGUUGAUCUGCUGCUGCUGCUGCUGGUACUGUACACCGACCGAAACGAAGGAAACGCACGUUUUCGGAGGAAGAAACGUAAGUAAAUGAACGGAUUCUAUUGAUUGUUUGAUGGACGAGCCUAAUAAACAUCCUGGGAGAAAUUUGAAACCCUUUUCGCCCGGUGCCAAAACGAA